AUGACAAACUUAGAAAACAUCUGUGGCAAGUUUAACUCUUCAAUAGAGAAUAUGAAACUUAUAGUUUGCAAUGAACUUCAAAGUAUAGAUACAACAAAAGUUUUGAACUCAGAUGCUUUGAAGAGUCUUAUAACAGACAAAGUUGGAGUUGUUGAAAGAAAGUAUAAAGACCAAAGAGUUUGUGAAAAUGUUGCAAACUUCAUUAUGGUUUCAAACAAUGCUGUUCCGAUGAAGUUAGAAAGUUCUGACAGAAGAUAUGUAGUUGUCAGAACGUCAGAAGCUCAUAUGCAAGAUACAGAAUAUUUUGACGCUUUGUCAGAAACUUUGACAUCUGACUUUUACAACCACUUGUUCUCAUAUUUCAUGACAUUAGAUAUUUCUAACUUCAAUCCAAGACAAAUUCCACAUACCGAAGAGAGACAAACAUUGUUAGAAGCAAACAAGAGUGUAUAUGAACUGUUCAUAGAAGAAAGCGACUUUGAGUGUUUAGAUGAAAAGUCUUUAUAUGAUGAAUAUAAACAAUAUUGUCAAGAGUAUGGUUAUAUGCCAGCGUCUAAACGAACAUUCUUGGCAAAUGUUAAAAGUCUUUUAGACGUACAGAAUGGUGUAUAUACAAAGAAAAUUUUUCUGAGUAAAUUUUAA